AUGCAUUUUGGUAUCUUCGAAGAGAUUACUGAGAUAGGAUACCACUUCCUGAUACACCCUCACUCGGAAGGUUUAGAAUAUGUUCUGGUAAAGUCCCAAGUUUGGGUUGAUGUGGGCACAGACGACUUGGUGCCCCACGAGUAUCAAUCAUGGUAUCGUCACUACCAUGAUAGGCAAAGAGAGGGUCCUGUCUCAGAAAGUGAUAUACCUUUGUUCAUUCUAGAAGCAUCGUUCGGGAAGGGGAUAGUAGAUCCUAAGGAUGGGUCGGUAAUGGAUGCCAAGAAUCCCAAGCUCGAGGGCGAUCCUGAGUCGCCAAUAUACUCAACCGGGGGUGCUAACUGGAGUGAAGAAGAAGGGGAGAUAGUCGAGCAUGAGGAGGAAUCGGAGGAGCAUCAGGAGUGGGAAGAACUAGAGGAGGAGCUUGAAGAGGAGUUCAUGGAAGGGGAGCUCAAGGGAGAGGAACCUGAAGAGGAGGACCCUGAAGAAGAUCCUAAAGAAGAGGAAUCGGAAGAAGAGGAUCCAGAGGAGGAUCCAGAGUAUGACCCGGAUGAGGACUAA